AUGACCACUGUUAGAGCCCUGAUCAGCACUGCAGUGAAGAAAGGAUGGGACCUCUAUCAGUUGGAUGUCAACAAUGCGUUCUUGCAUAGAGACUUACAUGAGGAGGUUUACAUGGAGAUUCCACAGGGUCUGAAGGUAGAAGACACACAACUUGUGUGCAGAUUAAGGAAGUCCUUGUAUGGCCUUAAGCAAGCCAGUAGACAGUGGUAUGACAAGCUAGCAGAGUCUCUGUAUUCUAGAGGUUUCAAGCAUUCAACCAAUGAUUACUCCUUGUUCUACAAAAAGCAAGGUGAGUCAUCAGUUUUUGUAGCUGUAUAUGUUGAUGAUGUGAUUGUUACUGGAACUAAUCUUGAGGAAAUUAGAGCACUGAAGACUUACCUACACAACCAAUUCAAAAUAAAAGACUUGGAAAAGUUACAUUACUUUUUGGUGCUAGAGAUACUUUACAAAGAUGAUGGAGUAUUGGUGUCCCAAAGGAAGUUUAUCACUGAUCUUUUGAAGGAAUGUGAUUGUAUGGGGUACUCUGCUGUUUCAUCUCCAUUGGAUUCAUCAAUCAAGCUGAAAGCUGAAGAGGGCCCCUUAAUGUCUGAUCCAUCCUACUAUAGAAAGCUAAUUGGAAAGCUUAACUUUCUCACAAACACAACGCUAGAUAUAGCAUAUAGUGUACAUCAUCUAAGUCAAUUCAUGCAGACACCAAGAGAGGCUCACUUGAAAGCUGCUAUACAUGUACUUAGGUAUCUGAAGAAAGACCCUACACUGGGCAUUUUUCUGUCCAAUGAUCCUUCUUACAAGAUCACAGCCUACUGUGAUUCAGAUUGGGCAGCAUGUCCUGACUCAAGGAGAUCUGUAAGUGGGUAUCUAGUGUUAUUUGGAGGAAGCCCCAUCAGCUGGAAGUCGAAGAAGCAAACUACUGUUUCAUUAUCUUCUGCAGAGGCAGAGUAUAGAUCACUGAGAAAGGUGGUUGGGGAAUUGGUAUGGGUGCAAAGGUUAUUGGAGGAACUCAUAGUCUCAUGUCCUGAUCCCAUUCAAGUGUUCUGUGACAGCCAAACAACAAUACACAUUGCUAAGAACCCAAUAUUUCAUGAAAGGACAAAACACAUAGAGGUUGACUGUCAUUUUGUGCGAGAUAAACUGCAUGAUGGUUUGAUCACACUUCACCACAUUUCCACUCAUGAUCAAUUAGCUGAUAUUCUAACAAAGGCUCAUACAAGAAUCAAACAUUCAGAUCUUCUACACAAGUUAGCAGUGAAACCUUCACUUCCAACUUGA